AUGGAGUGCCUUUCGCAUGACAGCCCAAGCACAAACGGCGGAAUAUGCAGCAAGGAGUUAACAAAUAGCAGUGGAAAUUCUAAGUCGAUCGAAAUGCAUGCAUAUAAAAGUAAAGUCGAAAAAGGCCCCAACUGUGAGCAAAAUGGAUUAGCAGCAAUUAGGACAAGUAACAGAAAGAACGAAGAAAGGAAGAACCAAAUGAAUUACUGUACCGAUAAUGACCAGGGUGACAAUUUUAAAGUGUUGCACACUUAUUCAGGUACCAGUCAGAAAAGCAGAAAAAAUGGGCGCACAAAGAAUUUUUCAAAAAAUAAAGCAGAUUUCAAUGAUUUCUUUUAUGAAGAAAAAGAUGCCAAUAGCAGUUAUGUGGAGAAGUCGAAACGCCCCAAUAGGCAUUUUCCGCAUGGGGGAUCAGGAAGUAAUAGAGGGUUUAACGACAAUCGCCUGAGAAAAGGCACAUCAUCAGGAAAUUGCAGCAGUGGUAAUAAUAAUAUCGGGGUGCACAAUCCUAUCGAAUCGUUCGGGAAGAACUAUUCAGGCUCAAGAAUGAAUGUGGUAAAUGGUGCAGAUGAAAAGUACGCAAAACGGGUGGCGACCAAUAACGAGAACUUAGUGCCAACCGCGAAUAAAUCACAUUUGGACAUGGUGUAUAGUAGAAAUAGGAGAAGAGGUGCAAACUCAGAAAAGCAGCCAUUUGUCUUUACGAACAGACGGGGACAAACUGGAAGUUAUAAUGAUCCAAAUGGCACCAUUUUAGAGUGCGAUAACGACGAUGAUCAUGGCGCCGCUGAGCAUUUGGGCGUGGGUGGAAUAAUGUGUGGUGACCUCUGUGGUGACGUUAUCGAUGGCGAAAGCAACUGCCUCAAGGGCGAUUUCCUCAACGACGGAAUCCCCCCCAGCAAGAAAAGCAACUUCCUGCGAAAGAGUAAAUCCCUGAACAGAAAUAAUAUUUACGAGAGCAAAGAGGACGACAAGCGGCUGCUAUCCAUCACGAAUAGGGACACCCCGGAAGGUAUGGAUUACAUGAACGUGAGGAAGAAAGCUUGUUCUAAUAACGAAUUAAAAUUUAAAGAAAAAAGAAAAGAUGAAGCGAACUGCACAAAUAGGGAAGCCAAUUACGAUUUUAAGAGCGCCUUAAAUGUCCAAUUCUCCAAGACAAAAAUGUGCCCAUAUAUGAACACCAAAGAAAAGUGCAAACGGUUUUUAAGUAAUAUGUGCCCCUAUGCACACGACCAAAGUGAGUUAAAGCCAUUUCCAGAUUUGUACAAAACAGCCAUGUGCCGUAACUUCAUGAAAAAUUUAUGUACUAAGUCCAAGAUUGAAUGUAAUUUUGCACAUAAUGUGGAGGAGCUCAGAUCCACGGAUGAGUUUUACAAAACGACAUUGUGUAAGUUUUUCCUCAACGGGUACUGCAAGGCGGACACCAACUGCAGGCACGCGCAUGGACACAAAGAGCUGAAGUGUAAAGAGGCGAAAUAUAAAGAUGCGAAGUGUAGAGAAGCAAAACGUAAAGAGGUGAACUGUGAAGAGAUGGAAUAUAAAGAGGUAAACUGUGAUGGGAUGAACUGUAAUGAGAUACAGCAUAGGCACCUCGGCAGUCCGUCCUGGGAGAGCGACAGGGUAGGCACGGAGAAGACGAAUAACCAUGACGGGGAGGAGCAGCCACAGCACCCAGAUCACCCGCUUCAGGAGAGUGAUAUGGAAGGGGAGGAAACUCUUCUAAACGGAGAAACAAUGAAUGGGUUCAAGUCGUCGGAAAGCUUCUCCCUGAGCGAGGGGAAGGAGGUAAGGAUUAUAAGAGAAGGAGAAGAUGUUGCGGAGGAGGAUAUGCUUGCCGCGGAAAACAUCCAGGAGGACGAAGCGGUAAUGGACCUUAUCGCGAUGGAAGGAAAACACAUAUCAAACACACACGAUAGGGAAAAAAAUGAUAGCAAAAACAAAAAAGAAAAAUUCUACAACGCAUCGCGCAAACUCAUGUCCAUUAGCACGAAGGACACGUACUGCUUUCUGUCCAAUGGGCUGUCCAGAAAUAUGGAGUCAUCCGAAAAUUUCGAUGAUGAAGAUAGGAGUGUAAGGACGAAUGAAGAUUCGACUCUUGCCCAUAGCAAUGGAGACUCCAAGAUAAAAAGUUCAGAAAGCGCAAAUAGCUAUUUUAAGGGGGAUCUUCACCCUGAGUAUCCAUUCAAGUCUAACGAAACGAUGUACCGAAUGGAGGUAAAGGAUGAGGAAGUUAAUCACUUGUGUGAUGCAACUGGGAGGGAAGGCAAAAAGGGAAGUGACACAGGGCAGGGGCGGAACUCCGUGGAUAAUAAUGAGGAGGUGACCACAAUUGGACACUUUGCAGAAAGCCAUAACACGACUGAUGGAAAACAAGAAAGAGACAAUAGUAACAAAUUCACCUAUUCAAAUUCACACAGAGAUAGUAAUGUAGCACUGAAUGGAAGUUUAGGUUUGAAAAAAGAGGGCAGGAAAGUCUUUAACGAAGAUAAUGCGUAUGGACAUAGAAGUAAAGUGAGCGUCGGUGGGGGAAAAGGUUCAAACGAAGCGACCAUUCAUCCCAAAAUGGAAAGGAACAAAAAUGGAAGGGGCUACAUGAACCCUAAUUUUGCCCCCAUCGGUGGUCAAGGUCGCACAAGAAAUUUUCAGGACAAAAUGAGGAACGGGAAGUUAAAUCGAAAUAUGCAAGUUGAUGCCAUCAAGGUGAACGAUGAAAUGUGCCCCCGAAGUGAGAUGCACAGUAGCAGAUUGUCUGAGCAUGGGAUGUAUGGUUAUGAUGGAGCCGAGGGAUACACUGGGAGUUGCGGCGGCAGGGACAGCAGUGGGUAUGUGCCGGAGAGGGGAGAGAAUUACACAUGGGAGGAUCACGCCGGGGUGAACCACGCUCGGGAGAACCACAUGCGGGAGGACGACGUGGAUGAAUACAACAGGAGCGGCUACCGAAGAAGGGGAUUUCAUAACGCCGAUAAGGGCAAUGGCAGCUCUGUGAGCGGUGUAAUCGGCGUCACUAACGGCGGUGACAACUUCCACAGCGGGAGUAACAACAACUUUAACGGAGACUUUGGUAACAGCGCCGAUAACUACAGCAGCAGCGUGAGUAAAAAUUAUGGAAAAGGAAAAAGGGCGAAUGGAGGCACGACGAGGUACAAUGGCCACCCAGGCAGUAGGGACAGCAGCAAUAACGGAGUGGCGAAUAGGGGCGCGGCGAAUGGCGGCUUUGCGGAUAACGUCAUGGCGAGUGGUGACUUAGCAAAUAAUAGCAUGAUGAGCUACAACGUGGUGAACAAUAACCUCGUGAACAGCAACCUGGUUAGGAAAAACUUCAGGAGUAACCACCCAAGGAACAACACCCGAAAUGUGAGAAGCAACGCGAGAAACAACUUGAGGAAUGGCGCUCUGGCGAAUUACGGUGCAAACACUAAUGGCGCGAACACUAACGGCGCAAACCCUAACAGUGCAUACCCUAACAGUGCAUACCCUAACAGUGCAUACCCUAACAGUGGAUACCCUAACGAUAUUGUGGAGAAUAAUAUGCACACCAUGCAUUCGGAGAAUGUCAACACCUGCAACAACAAUUUCAGUUGCUACAGUCCCAGCGGGAGUGACGCAAAUGUUUACAUGAACAGGAAUAAUUUUCCCUACAAGAAUGUGACCCAAGGCAGCAAUUUCAGUGGUGUUGGUAGAGCACUCAGCAAGAUUGACAAUACCAAUUAUGGCGGAAAUUAUGGCGGUCAUUACGGCAACGUUGGUAGCGGUCCACUCGGCGGCAACAACAACCCGUACCUUCCACAGGACUAUACUCCACCCAUCUGUAACAAUAUAAUGAACCAGAGUAAAAAUUAUAGAAGUAAGAAAAAGAGUGUGAAAAAUAACAUGCCAUACCAAAUGAGCAACAAUGGAAAUUUUCAAAACAGUAGCGGGUAUGAUCGUAAUGGCAAUAUAUAUGAUAAAAGUGAUGUGAAGCGAGACGGCAAUUACAACGCUCAUGGCUUUAACCCCAGUGGUACGAAAGGAAGUAUGAAUAAUAGCCACGUUGACGGGAACAUUUAUGGCGAUAUGUUUAUGAAUAAUGGUCCAAGGAACAACCACCAUGACAGUGUCAAUAACAUUUACACCUGUGGCAAUGGGAAUAAUUAUUACCCCUCCGGCUACGAUACGAGCGGGAUGCAUGUAAUGAAUACCUCCCUUGAAAACAGUCCAGGCGUGCGCCACGGAGGCAUGGAACUGAGUGUGCACAGUGGCCACAUGUACAAUACGACACGUGUGUAUGGGAUUAGAGAUGGACAAAGUGGCUCGCAUGACGGGAUGCAAAACGGAGCGCACCACGGAAUGCAUAGAGCAGUGCAAAACGGAACACAUUACGAUGCACAUAACGGAAUGAAAAACGACACACAUCGAGCCUUCAGACAAAUGGACAAAAAAGCUCAUAGCGGCAAUAUCGACCAUAUGCAUGGAAGCAGAAAUAGGAAGUGCCUUAUGAGCAAUAAUGCCUAUAAUGAUACGUACAAGGGUAGUGACGAAAAUUGUAGCCACGCGUUGAACAAAGCGGACGAGGCGGACGGGGCUAACGGGGCGAACUUAGGUCAACCCUUUGCAUGCGAUACUGGUGUGCACGAUGAAGCCAGUCUGGGAGGUGGCAGCUUCUUAUGUAGGAAGCCGAGAGGUUGCUCCUCGAAUAGUUUAAAAAGUGGACACAUGGCAGAAGCAGGGAAACUAAAAAGAAAUAAUUAUGAUGAAACCAACUUAGGCUCAAUGAAAUCAGACCACAUAGGCAAGAGAGAAAGGGAAAAUAGGAAAGAGGGUCGCAGUGGUGAAGAAGGUGCAAGCGAGAUGAGAGGCACUGCAUACUGCACCAUGUUUAAUGCGAAAGAUAACACGAACAAUUCAGAACGAAACGCGCAGUUGCAGGAUAAUAAUCGUGGUAACAGCAAAGAGUGCAAUACCCGCCGAAACCGAAAUGGAAGCAAAAAUGGAGGGAACAAUAACGGCGUGAUGAUGCGCCAUUUACAUGGCAGCACGAAUCGAAGCACGCUGAGGACACUAGCUGCGUGCAUAAGCCCCGUGAACGGACCAGCGGACCAGCCAUCAUUAUGCGAAGAUGGCCAAGUGGAAUGUUCCACCCUAGAAAAAAUGAAACCAAAAAAUUAUAAUUCAACGGGUGAAAAUUUCAAAAGUAAUAAUUUAAAAAUUAAGAGUCCACGAAGAAGGGGUUCGCAAAAUAGGAGAGCUCAACGUGAGGAACACCAAAGUAGGGGUCAGCACAUUGGAAAAGAACAAAUCAGAGGAAAGAAAAAUCAGGAAGAGUUACACACAGAGCUACAAAUAGCUGACCAUCCGAGUAAAAGUGGUAUGCUUAAGAAAGAUAACAAAAUUGAAAAAUUUCUAAUUGACGAAGAACCCCAAACGUGUGUGUCUUGCUAUCAGUACAUGACACAUUCCACGCCGGGGGAAAUGACACCAACAAAUACAUGCUGUUUAAUGUGUGGCCAGGUAAUAAAAAAAUCGAUCUCUUUGAUGAUCAUAGAGUUAUUGCAGCCACAGGUGCAACACCUACUUUCGGAUGCCAACUUUUAUGUUCAAAAUUAUCACGACUGA